AUGGCUUCGCUAGCUGCUCUGGACCUCGCGGUUAAUAGGCUGUCCGGCCCCAUUCCUCCCGCGCUGGCGACGCUGCCGAUGCUGAAGGUGUUAGUUUCCACUCCUCUGUCUCUCGGUCUCCCUGUUCCUCGCCCCAUCCCCUCCUUCUACCAGGCCCACCAGGCCCCCAUUUCUCCUCAACACAAAAUCUGCCCACUCACGAUUCUUCUGCCGUCUGUCCCGCCUCUCCUAUCCCUCUUCCUGCCCCACCCAGCCCAUCAAGACCUCACCACCAUUCUCAACCCUAUAUCUUCUUUCGCUCGACUCAUCUUCCCACCUUCCUGCCUCUGCUCUCCCUGCUCCACGUCCCUCGCGCCUUCGCCCAUCAUGCCCUCACUCACCUUCCUCAAUCUCGCCUCCAACACCCUCUCCGGCCCACCCACCCCACUCUCCCACCCCCUUUCUCUUUCACAGCCCCCUUUCCUCGCCCUCGUCCUGCUACCCAUCCCUGCUCUCCCUGAUUUACUCUCGUGUUUCCCUCCCUGCUCCAUCCCUGUGUUUCCUCCUACCUCUCAUCCCCUAUCCCAUAGCAUAGGCCCCAUCCCCGCCUUCUGCCAGGAAGGGCAGCUUCUCUCCUUCCUAAACCUCGCCUCCAACAGCCUCUCUGGCCCGCCCACCCCGCUCUCCUCCCCCUCCUGCUCCGACUCCCUCCAGUUUCUCUCUCUGCCUGCCAACAGCCUCUCCGGCCCCAUCCCCGCUACAAUCAGCUCCUUUACAAAACUCAAGCGCCUCCGCCUCCAUAAAAACAACCUCACAGGAGCGAUCCCCACUGGUGUGAGCAAGAUGAAUCAGCUGCAAGGACUAGGCUUGUCGUAUAACAGGCUAUCGGGAGAAAUUCCCCCGGAUUGGCCGGCAGGGAUACGACAAGUGCUGCUGGCGGGGAAUGGGCUGUCAGGGGCUGUACCAGCCGCUCUUAGCAGGUUGAAGAGAGGCUCCUUCAAACCAGGGAACCCCAACCUAUGUGGGAAACCACUGCCCGCGUGUGCAUAG